AUGGUUAGGCCAGAAACAGAUGUCGUAACGGUUAAAGAAACAACUCUGCCGAAUGAUUGGAAAAAGUGCAGGAUGCCGAACCUGCGGCCGCGGUCGUUUUCGGGGACUUCCUGGGCUAUCACCUUCUGUCGCACGAUCGGCAUGGGCCCCGAGCCGGCCACGAACUUGCAGAGGUCCGGUGACGCUGCGGUGCUUGCAGUCGCAUGCCAGCCAGAGUUGUUCCUGUGGACGGUUCACGAAGUGAUCGUCAAACAAAUACUGGAAAAUGAAGCGCUAUACAUCGUGUCUCGUAUUUGCCGCCUGGCUCUGCCUGAUAGCCUCCGCCAAGGAGCAUCAACACCCAAGGAAACGGGAGACGGGAGUACCUUAGCGAAAUCAGACACUGAGGCUGCUCCACCGCAAAGUGACGCAGCGAAGAUGAACGAGAUCACCGGAUCAUCGGAUGCGCCAGCGGAAACAUCAAGUCAAGCAACUUCGAGUGCUGCACCAGUUGCCGCACAGGUCGAAGAAACCGCCAAAGAACCUAAGGCAGCUGAAAUGAUGGAAGCUAAAAAGCCCUUGGCGAUGGACCCCAUAGCUGAGAUGAUGGGAGGCGAAUUCAACACCGAAGCUAACCAAAGAAUGGCUGACAGCUUCCUUAGCGUUCGCUCUCGCGUUCUGCGCUUGAAGGCAAAUCGCGAUUUGUAA